UCUCGAACUAUAAAAACGGCCAAGGAACACUGGAUGUGCAUUCAGUUCUCAGUUAACAUCUGGCCCGACUUUACCCCCCGAUUACCAGCUCCAGAAUAAACAUGAAGACCGUCGUUAUCGUCGCUGCCAUCUGCCUCGUCGGUGCCAUGGCACUGUCCGAGGAACAGAAAACCAAACUGAGGGAAUACAAGGACGCGUGCAUCACCGAAACCGGCGUCGAUUCGCAGGUCGUAGAUGCCGCGAAGAACGGUAAUUAUGAUAAGACCAACGAAAAAAUGAACUGCUUCUCCGCCUGCAUGCUGAAGAAGGUUAAAAUUAUGGACGAGGACGGAACUCUCAACGAGGAAAUGGCAAGGAAGAGGGCACCAGCUGGAGUUUCCAAGGAGCAGAUCGACGAUGUUCUCAACAAGUGCAGAGGCACCACCGGAGCCAAUAUUUGCGAGAAGGGAGGUAACAUGAUGACGUGUUUCAUAGAGAACAAGACCUUCAAACUCCCGAUUAACAACACGAGCAUUCAGAUCCUGGCGGACAUUCGAUCUUGUUCAUUGUUCCCGCUGAAACAUAAUCGCUUCACUUCUCGCCCAGCAACCAUGAAGACCGUGGCCGUCGUCUUCGUCCUCUUCGUCGCCAGCGCCCUGGCAGAACUUACGGAGCAGCAAAAAUCCGAUCUGUCCAAGUUCGCUGAUGACUGCAUGACGGAGAUCGGUAUCGAGUCUGAAUCGAUCAAGAAAAUGAUAAUUGGCCAAGAACCGGAAAAGAACGGUAAAUUCAAUUGUUACGUGUCCUGCGUUUUAAAGAAGAUCGGAAUUAUACAAGAGGAUGGUUCCAUCAACGUAGACGUUGUCAGACAAGAGGCUCCUGCAGACAUUCCCAAAGAAGCCAUCGAAGAUCUCAUUAGUAAAUGCAAAGACACCACCGGCGCCGACGAUUGCGAGAAGGCCGGCAACUUGAUAAAAUGCUUCGUGGAGAACAAAACCUUCAACUUGUUUAAUUAGAUCUCGAAAACGCGUCGCUACUGUAGUUGACAUUCUGGCACUGUUAUUUGACGUAAUUAAGCGGCAUGUACUUAUAGAAAAAAUUCAAUAAACGAAUACUCUGUUGA